AUGGCGACACCUAUUAAGGAUACAACACAUUUCGAUGAUUUGUUAACUUGCACGAUUUGUUUGGAAACAUUCAAAGUUCCGAAGUAUCUACCAUGUCUUCAUACGUUCUGUGAAUCGUGUAUUAAUACCUACAUUGUGUCUUCUGUGGAAAAGGGAAAGAUAACCGAGGGAUUUACAUGUCCUGUAUGUCGAAAAAUUGUAUCAUCAGUGGAAACAUUAGAAAGGCCAGAAUUAUGGGCGACCACGUUGCCUACAAAUCAUUUUGUUACCUCAAUGUUAGAUAAACGAGCAAUACAGAAGGCAGAGAAAAUGUGCGACUCGUGUCAGUUAAACAAAGAAAGUACAAAAGCAAAAAGCUGGUGUACGAUUUGUGAGGAGGCGUUCUGUGAACAGUGCGAAAAAUGUCACAAAAACUUUAAGAUGUCAGCAAGACAUAAACUUCUAAACAUUCAAGAAAUGAAGUCCGGUGAUACACCUUUUGAAGUUUGUGAGGUACAAAGCUGUGACGAGCAUACAGGAAAGAUCAUAGAAUUUUAUUGUUUGGAUCAUUCCCAACCUUGUUGUACGUCGUGCGCUACACUUUCACACCGUAAAUGUGAAAAUGUUACUUCAAUUCAAGAAGCUGCUUCCGGUAUCAAACAGUCAAAAGCGGCUAAUGACUUAUCCGAGAAACUGACAGAACACUCUGACCAGCUUAAUGAAAUUAUUGAAAAUCGGAACUCAAAUUUAUUCAAUGUAAAUAAUUCAAUAGAAGUGAUUGAGACAAGCGUCUCUAAUAUGAAAACGGAAAUUUUAAAGCAUAUUGACAAAAUGGAAGAAACCAUGAAAGUAGAGUUGACCUCAACCAAGAAGCAAGUGGGUAUCAAAUUAAAAGACGAAAUAGACGCUUGUGUAUCGUACAAAAGUGCCGUUAAAAAUUGGAAAGACAUGUUCGAUAGUGUUCUUAACCACGGAUCCGAGCAGCAAUGUCUGAUGGAAAUUAACAAAAUGGAACCUAAAAUAUCUGAUCUAGCAGGAGAAAUGAUAAAUUUAAAGAAAAAUAUUAAAACAAUAUCGGUUGUUUUCAGUCCUUCAUCUCCUAUUGCUGAUUUGAAGAAUACCAAGACCUUUGGAUCUAUUAAAGUUGACGAAUCACCUGAUAGUAAGGUGACCGGUAUGCUUGGGAUAUCCAACAUAGACUUCCGAACCGGAAAUAUCAAAAUUCUGCAAGUUAUCGACGUAUGUAAAGGUAGAGGUCCUUCUAGUGGUAUUUUCAUACAAAACUAUCUACUAUUUACAAUUCGUGGGAGGAACAAAGUAGUAAAAUACAAAUUCGAUGGAAAUAGCUUACUAUCAGAAUUGUUGCUUCCAAAUGCACCUGAGGAUAUUGCCGCGAUAGUACAAUUAAAAGUUGCCAUUUCUUCUACCAAGAAGGCAUUAUUUGUUGUUGAUAGUGAUAAAAUGACAUUGUUACAAACUUUGACUUUUCCUUUUUUACAAGUAUACGGAUUAUCCUGUGUCAACGAAAAACAAUUAAUAAUUGGUUCUAGUAACAAACUUACUUGGCUCAACUUUCCAUAUGGAGAAAAAAUAAAUGAAAGACAGACAGCAAGUAACUCGAACUUUGUUUUAUCACUCGGAGAACAAGACUGUAUAUAUGGUAUCUGUAAUAAUUCAGUCAAUUAUUCAGUUGGUGAUACGACAAAAUUUACCUAUACAAACACCAAACUUUCAGGUCCAAGAGGGAUUGGAGUAGACAUGGUUGGCAAUAUAUACAUCGCUGGAUAUAAUUCUGCAAAUAUCCAUCAAAUAACAAACGAAGGAAGUUUAAUAAGAAUAAUUCCGGCUACAACCAUAGGAAUUGAGAGUCCAUGGACAAUACGUUUUGCACCAAGCAGCAACAAAUUAAUCGUCACCUGUUUGACCUCUGGGAAGGCCUCACUAUGUGAAAUUAUUUAAAUACUAUUUUUUGAAAAUAAAUCACAAAUGUCAA